AUGUCUUUACCUUUGGCAUUUAUUAUCAAGGAGUUAGAGGAUACUCCAAGCUCCAUCAUUCCUAUUUUGUCCUCAUUACAUAAUCAACGCCACCUGUUGAGCACUGUGUCCAAAGUUGAUUUGAAGCAUCUCACUAGCAGAACUCUCAAUCUUUGCAGAUCGCCUAAACCAUACAACGUUUGGUGUGGAGUCAACCUUAUAUAUGUGAUCAUUGAUAACAGCUUAAUUCUUAGCUCAGAAGGGUCUAGUUUCUUUUCCCAACUUUUAAAAGUUUUGGAAUCUCCUAGAGCCUCUGAUCCUAGAGUCUUCAAGUCUGUGGUUGAUUGCAUCAACAAACUUUGCAAGAACAUUAGAGGUAAACCAACUCUUACAAGAGAAGUUUUAACACCCAAUUUAAGCUCUGUUUUUUCCUUUUAUUUUGACAAAAUCAUGGUGGACCCAGAAUUGAUGAUGGAUUCUUUGCGGGACUUGGUGCAAAAUCACCCCACCACCUCUAGACCGUUUGCUAACAAAAUCAAAACCAAGUUGUUAGAGUUCAUUUCGUCCAAAGACUUUUCUUGUCAUCCACAAACUAUCAGAGAUGCAGCCUGCUCUUUAUUAGCUGUUUUGCCUGUUGUCGAGAAGGAUGGACCAGAACAACACUGGGCGCAAGAUGUGAACAGAAUCACAAGCAAUAUUGCGGGUGUCUUGAAUAUUUAUGAUAGUUUCCUCAACCUCAAAGAAGACGAUGAGACAUACCAAUUGAUACAGAAAUUGGCUGCUCUGGAUGAGAAUGAAAUAUUUUCUCCAUUGCACCUAGACAUCAAUGAUCCACAAUCUUUGCUUGCUAUUUCCGAAAGGUUAGAAAUACUCUUUUCUAUGCUAAAGGCCUAUCUUGUUUGCCAUACCGACUACAUCGUUACUGUUCCUAUAGGUAAGAUUAUCAUACUUUUGGAAGCUCUGUGCUCGAUCAACACCAAGUUCGUUCCUUUCAGACGGGAAAUUCGUGGCCAAGCGGUGAAAGAUGCCAUACAACUUACCCUAGUGCAAUGUUACGAUUGCACCAUUUCGUUGUUAACAUUAUUGCCCUCAAAGUACCGUGGCUCGAUUGUUCCAUAUCUAGGAACAGUUUUUGCAUUUUUAGAACUGGUUCUUUUCUUGAAAGGUAAACGCUUGGAUAAGGAUUCUAACUUGAUUCACGAACUGUUGAUCAAGAAGGUCCUCCUGUGUGUGAACCAGUACUUGUCUUUAGUGGGACAUUUUCAUGACCAUUCUUUACUUACUCGUUUUGUGGAAGUCGCUUUGCUUUUGGUCGAACCACGUGAACAAGACAAUAUUCAAGGAGAACAAAAACAACAACAGUCCCAGCAUUCGAAAGCGGCUAGAAAGAAGGGCCAAAAAGACCGGGAUCAACUCCGCUUUUCUGAUUUAUUGUCCCACAGUCACCUUUUCAUUGAGAGCGUCCCGGGAGUCAACAAGAGCAAAUUGUUCUUGAUCUUUUUGCGAUUAUGA